AUGACUUGCGUCCAGNNUUGCGUAGCCUUCGUUUGGUUCUGCAUCUACGAGACCAAGGGACUCUCCCUGGAACAGGUCGACGAGCUCUACGGCAAGGUUUCCAAAGCCUGGCAGUCCGAAGGCUUCGUUCCCACCGUUUCCUUCCAAGAAGUGCAGGAUGUCACGGGCGGAGCCUCUCGCAACCAGUCUCUUGCCGACAUUGAGAGCGCCGCCAUGCGCAAGAAGAGCAUUACUCACCACGAGAGCGUUAUGGGUGAGAAGAUGUAA